AUGUACAGGCUUUAUCAGCCAAUUGCCAAAGGGUUGGAGCCUGUUGCAGACGUUUUCAAGCAGCAUGUUACUGCGGAGGGGAAUGCCCUAAUCAAACAAGCCGAAGACGCAGCUACUAGUGGUGGCGUGCAGGAUCAGGUUCUUGUCACACAGAUAAUGGAGCUACACGAUAAGUACAUGGACUAUGUCACGAAAUCUUUCCAGAGCCACACCCUCUUCCAUAAGGCAUUGAAAGAGGCGUUUGAAGUCUUCUGUAACAAGAACGUGGCUGGAAGUUCCAGUGCAGAGUUACUUGCAACCGACAAGGAUCUCUUUGCCGAGUUUUACAGGAAGAAGCAAGCUCGUAGGCUCUUGUUUGAUCGGAGUGGUGGUGAAGAGCAUGAGAGUUCUCUACUUACAAAGCUCAAACAGCAACUCGGUGGCCAGUUUACUUCUAAGAUGGAGGGCAUGGUUACGGAUAUGACUUUGGCAAAAGAUAGCCAGCUCCAAUUCGAGGCGUAUUUAAACACUUGCGUUGCCACAAAACCGGGGAUUGAUAUGACCGUGACUGUUCUCACCACUGGUUUUUGGCCAAGUUACAAAACAUCUGACCUCAAUCUACCCAGUGAAAUGAUCAACUGUAUUCAGGUCUUCAAGGCAUAUUACGAACUGAGAACCAGUCACAGGAGACUUGUGUGGAUUUAUUCUCUGGGAACAUGUCAUGUCGUUGGAAGGUUUAGUGCAAAACCAAUCGAGUUAAUCGUUUCCACCUACCAGGCUGCUGUGCUUUUGCUUUUCAACAACACUGAAAGAUUAAAAUACAAUGAGAUAGUUGAACAACUCAACCUUACCCACGAAGAUCUUGUCAGGCUGCUUCAUUCCCUGUCAUGCGCAAAGUACAAGAUUCUUAAAAAAGAACCCAUGUCAAAAACAAUCUCUCGUACCGAUGUUUUCGAAUUCAACUCCCACUUCACCGAUAAAUGA